AUGGAGGGUCUAUUCUACAACGUCGCGAACGGCUACAUCGAGGGUAUCGUGCGUGGAUACCGCAACCAGCUGUUGACCAGCCAGAACUACAGCAACCUGACCCAGUGCGAGACGAUCGACGAUGUCAAGCUUCAGCUCUCUCCCGCAUAUGGCGAUUUCCUCGCUUCUCUCCCUCCCAACCCUUCCACAUCCGCGCUCGCCAGCAAGACUACCGAGAAGCUCGUUUCCGAGUUCCGCUACAUCCAGGCCAAUGCCACCGGCUCGUUGUCCAAGUUCAUGGACUACCUGACCUACGGUUACAUGAUCGACAACGUUGCGUUGCUGAUUACCGGCACCCUGCACGAGCGCGAUACUAGGGAACUGCUAGAGAGAUGUCACCCGCUUGGAUGGUUUGAAACCAUGCCCGUGCUUUGCGUCGCGACCAACAUCGAGGAGUUGUACAACUCUGUCCUCAUCGAGACGCCGCUGGCGCCCUAUUUCAAGGGCUCGCUGAGCCACCAGGACCUCGACGAGUUGAACAUUGAAAUCAUCCGUAAUACUCUAUACAAGAACUACUUGGAGGACUUCCACAACUGGGUGAACACCCACGAGGAAAUUGCCGGCAGCCCUACCGCUGAGGUCAUGAGUGAAGUCCUGCAGUUCGAGGCCGACAGGCGCGCCAUCAACAUCACGCUGAACUCGUUCGGUACCGACCUGUCCAAGGCAGACAGGAAGAAGCUGUACCCCAACUUUGGACGCCUAUACCCCGAGGGCACUCUGAUGCUCUCUCGCGCGGAUGAUGUCGAGGGAGUUAGGAUUGCCGUUGAAGGUAUUUCGGAUUACAAGACUUUCUUUGACCAGACUGGCCUGAGCGGCGGUGGGUCUGGCGUGGGCAACAUGGCUGGUGGUUCCGCGUCCGAAGGCCGUAGUUUGGAAGAUCUCUUCUACCAGAAGGAGAUGGAGAUCUCCAAGCUGGCUUUCACGAGGCAGUUCACUCACUCUGUCGUCUACUCUUGGGUGAAGCUCAAGGAGCAGGAAAUCCGGAACAUUACUUGGAUAGCAGAGUGCAUUGCGCAGAACCAGAAGGAGAGGAUUGGAAACUACAUCAGUGUCUUCUGA